UCCAUAAAUUAUCACACAGUUUCGGCCUUCGGAGUAAACAAGAUGGUUGUGUCAGCUGCACGUGUCCCAUCUGAUCUUUAUUCUCAUGUUCACCACUUUCUUGUAUCAAACGGUUUGAACAAGACAGCUAAAUAUUUUAAGAAAGAGACUAACCAGGAAUAUACAUCUCCAAUUGGUACAACGCUAAUAGACAUUUUUAAUAAAUUUAUUGUCCAGAAUGGCGAGGAGGAAGUGGUGAAAGAUGAUGUUAACAAGAAAGUUGACAAAAAGUUGAAAAAGAAGAGAAAGUUAAAUACAGAAGAUGAAGAAAAUUUUGUAACAAAAAAGUCAAAAAAGGAAGAGAUACAACAUUUAGAGGACCAUGAUAAUACAGAACAAGAAGUAAAAAAGAAGAAGAAGAAAGAAAAGAAAAAUAAGAAGAAAGAAAUCGAAAAAGUCGACGAAAAUUCGAGCGAAAAACCAGUCGUGCCGGAAACGUCCUCAGAACUCGCUGAAGUCGGCAAAGACCAAAGUGUUUCGGAAAACGGCUCAUCCAACGAUGCAGUGCAAACGAAAAAUGUACCGUUCCGCCGAGUGAAGGCCGAAGAAAUUUUCGUUCCCGCACAGUUGCGUAAUAAUAGUUUUGAAGCGAAAAGAGGUUCGAGUGGCGAUUGGGGUGAGAAAGCAAACCGCGAUCUGAAAUUUACACAGGGGAAGAGUUUUCGACACGAAAAGACGAAGAAGAAAAGAGGUAGUUAUAAAGGUGGUAUUAUAAACACGUCCGUAAACUCUAUCAAGUUUGAAGAUAGUGACUGAACAGUACACCUACUGCUUUGCUUACCCUUCAAAAAUUCGAACUUACUUGUAUAGAAUUUUAAUUUUGCGAGGCCGUCUUGGUACCCUGGUAGCCUGGUAGAGUACAAUAGAACCGCAGAGCACAAUCGAACCGCCUAAGACGUUGAGAUUUUGUGGUAAUACUCUAAAAUGCAGGAUAAAGGCCCAGCCUGGUUUAAAUGCAAAAUGCAUUAUCCCGAUUUUAUGCCAACCCGGAUAUAAGCGCAUGAGCCUUAUAAUCAGGAUGUAUUGUUAAAAGGAAAAAAAAUCAAAUAAAAAUGUAGUAAGCACCUUUUCGGUUAUAUUUCAAGAAAAAUAAGCUGCAGUAAAUUACCUUUAAGCUAGGAAAAUUGUUUUUUUUUAUUGCUUAAUUUUGGUUCUAGAAAAAUCCUUUAUACUCCAUCCAUAGGCUCACCUCAAAAGACCUUUCUCUGGAUAUAAGUCCAGGACCUAUAUCCGGUAUUUUACGGUAGCUACGAUCGCAUAUCAGUACGUUUUUACUGUUUCUAACCAAAGAAUUAAAAUUUGCUUAAUAAUUCUAAAAUUAAAAAAAAUAAUAAGCCACACAGGAGAUAUUUCGCUCUGCUUGACAAAAAAAGUUCGAGAAUAUUGAAGUCUGCAGUUGUUCUUUUAACGCUAUAGUUUAAAUUACUUGCACGGACAUGACUUCAAAAUAUAUGUGUGUUAGCUUUUAUGAUGUAAUGCUAAUGUAAUAACUUCUAUAUGAGUUAUAUGUAACUCAUGAUAGGUAAUAUGUCGUAUUCGCGUGAA